GACUGAUGUUGGCAACAGGAGACCUUACAGAAUUAACCAAUGGAAAACAAGAGAGGCAAGGGUCAAAGUUCAGAAACCAGAGGUGGAAUCCAAGAGGUUAAGGCCACAACCAGCUGACAUGAAACCACCCAAAAGCAGUGUUAAAAAAAAUAUACCUGGGUCAACAAAGUCCAUGGAGGGGUCAGCGGAAGGUCACAGCCGACAACCUUCUCUGAAAGAUCUGUGUGUGGAAGACAAGCAGAGAGUUGCUAACCUCAUCAAGGAACUGGCUAAGUUAGUACAGAGCAAGAAAAAGGCUGUGGAACAGAUGCACCUGGAAAGAAUCAACUUUGAAAAAGAGAUUCUGAAGCUGUUGGAACAACAGGAAUCUGUUCUCAAUGAAAGACAAACCAUCCAGGCACAGCUACUGCUGUGUCAGCAAGCCCUCACUGUCUACCAACAGAAGUUGACGGAGCAGGAACAGCAGGCUGGUGAUAAGAAGAAAAAGGAGAGAAAAGGUUUCAGCUCAAAACACAGGAGUGUGAAGGGAAGCUGUGACAGGGACCAGUCGCCAUACUCUGAAGUCACGGAGGAGGAGAGCGACCAGGAUAUCUGUGGGCAGACAACUCAGAGAAGGCGAGCAAAAACUAGAAGUAUUGAUGAAAUUCCUAGACAGAAGCCAAAUGUUGAAAGUGAUGAAGAGGAGUUCAAGUUUAAAGGUUCAUCUAGGAGGUCAAAGGUCAAUACCCCAACAUGUCAAGAUGAAGUGGAAUCUCAUAAAGAUGAAUUACAAAGGCUUGAAACCGAAAAGUUGGCCAAUGUUCAAGAUCGACUGUCAAAUAACUUUAGACAACUGGAUUUAAUGGAACAAAUGACAAAGGAAAAGGAUGGUUUUCGAACACCACCUCUCAGCAAAGCGAGUAGCAAAAGGCAUAAAAGUCACGGACCUUUACCAGAACCGGUUAUGUCAAGUACGCAGAAAAGUUCAGAAAUUAUUGGUGAAAUGUCCUUUAAAUCUCCAUCAAGUGCUGAUAAUUAUUUUCCACUCCAAACUGACAGUAGUUUUAUGACAAGAGACAAUUUGGCAAAUUCAUUUCGGGGCAGACAUCCGUCAAGUGGAGAAGUUCAUGCCAGUAAAACACGCCAGGUUCACAGAGUGGAUUUUGCUCCAGAGGAUCAGUACGACAACGACAGUGGACCAUUUCAUUCUCCGAACGUCGUCCGGAGAAAUUCCGACAAGUUUGCAGACCCCGAUUUUGUGGAGUACUACAGGAAAUUGAGCUCAAAACAGAGAAAAAAGGAGCUUAUGUCACAGCGCAAUGCAUUGCUAGGGGAACAGAAGAGAUUGCGCCAAAUCCUCCAAGAACAGGAAGAAAUGUUGAAGGUGAAACGUGACCAGCUUCACCAACAGCAGAUAGUACAAGCAAAACGAUUGGCCCAUUUUGAACAGAACGGUGUGUUCCCAUUGGCUGAUGAUGAAAGGCUACAGUCAAGGCAUCCUAAAGUGCAAUUAGAGGAGGCUAACCGGCCUAAUGGAGAGGAUAUGAUGGAAGUUCAGAGACCAGUGAAGAUGUAUGAACUGUUAGCAGACAGACAUCGUAUUGACAACAAGGCGCUUGCAGAUGAAGAUAAUUUCAGUUGUGAUGACUCAAAGGCAGAUCAGGGUCUGAAUUCUGAUUACAGAGUGAGAUUUCAAACUGUUGGGGAAAUAAAGGGAGGUAACCUGUCCAGGAAAAGUUCCCAUUUACCAACGGAGGUACAGUCAGCCAAAGCCGUAGACCCACCUAAAUCCAGUCAUUCUCCUCACAGGGGACAUCUAGUCUCCACAGCAACCUCUCCCAUGAACGUGGAAUCUGAUAGGAGAGACACCAUGUCUACCUCAGCUACAGAGACAAACGCCAUGUCUCCAAGACAACCGGUGGGGUCGCCGAAGGGUGCCAAUGCAGCAGCAAGUUACAGUCAUUUGAACACCUCAGUUGACAGAGACAUCCUCUCUAGUCCUGGUGGCUCACCGUCCAAACAGGGUAACCUCCCCUUGAUGAGCAAUCGUCAGAAGACCAGCCUGAAAGCCAGCCUGAAUACCAGUGGUGACAAAAAAGGAUUGUCUGUGCUGGAAAUCUUAGAGAAGCUGGAAUCUGAGGCCAACACUUCACUGGCCUCAAACAGUUCUGCACAUCGCAACAGCAGCUUGAAUUCCAAGGGAGACAACUAUGUAUUGAAAAACAGCAGCUACAUGAUGACACGCAGAGAGGUCUCUGACGACGAUGAAAGUCUUGCUGAACUUGAAGAAAGCAAAGUGCUGGAAGAUGUUUUUUUCCUGAAUGGUGACAGAAAAGGAUUGUCUGUGCUGGAAAUGUUGGAGAAGCUGGAAUCAGAGGCCAACACUUCACUGGCCUCAAACAGUUCUGCACAUCGCAACAGCAGCUUGAAUUCCAAGGGAGACAACUAUGUAUUGAAAAACAGCAGCUACAUGAUGACACGCAGAGAGGUCUCUGACGACGAUGAAAGUCUUGCUGAACUUGAAGAAAGCAAAGUGCUGGAAGAUGUGUUUUUCCUGAAUGGUGACAGAAAAGGAUUGUCUGUGCUGGAAAUCUUGGAGAAGCUGGAAUCAGAGGCCAACACUUCACUGGCCUCAAACAGUUCUGCACAUCGCAACAACAGCUUGAAUUCCAAGGGAGACAACUAUGUAUUGAAAAACAGCAGCUACAUGAUGACACGCAGAGAGGUCUCUGACGACGAUGAAAGUCUUGCUGAACUUGAAGAAAGCAAAGUGCUGGAAGAUGUUUUUUUCCUGAAUGGUGACAGAAAAGGAUUGUCUGUGCUGGAAAUCUUGGAGAAGCUGGAAUCAGAGGCCAACACUUCACUGGCCUCAAACAGUUCUGCACAUCGCAACAACAGCUUGAAUUCCAAGGGAGACAACUAUGUAUUGAAAAACAGCAGCUACAUGAUGACACGCAGAGAGGUCUCUGACGACGAUGAAAGUCUUGCUGAACUUGAAGAAAGCAAAGUGCUGGAAGAUGUUUUUUUCCUGAAGUGA